AUGACCGAUAUACCCUUCUCUUUCUCCACCUUUGACCGUCGUAUAAAACUAUCUCAAUUCUCUUCGUCGCACUGCAUACAAAGCCAAAUUAGUCCACUUACAAGCACAACACUCUCAUUCCCGUUAUACCCCUCCUUGCAAAAUAUCCCAAUGUCAUUAACCCUAAAUCUCACGCCCCUUACCGCUGUCACCACCACUCUCCGAUCUCCACCCAGGGUCGCCAUGAUCCGGGCAUUCACGGCCACGAUAGAUUCCCGCCGCCCGGCGAGCCUCUAUGAAGUUCUCCGUAUCAAGCAGAACGCGUCGGCGGUCGAGAUAAAAUCUGCUUACCGGAACCUGGCGAAGGUUUACCACCCUGAUUCGGCGCUCCGGCGAUCGGAAUCGGACCAACGGGACUUCAUCGAGAUCCACGAUGCGUACGAGACGCUGUCGGAUCCGUCUGCGAGAGCUGUGUACGAUCUGUCGUUGAUGUCAGCGCGUGGCGGUGGUGGCUCAUUCUCAUCUUUGGUGGCUCCGAAUAGCUCCUCCGGGUUGUACCACCAAACCCGCAAGUGGGAAACGGAUCAGUGCUGGUAG